AUGGAUAAUUAUUUACCUUAUCUCCUCAAAACUCAGCAAAAUCCCGACAACCCUCCUACGAAUAAUGGCCGCUUGCCAAUUCCCGAUUUUCAAGAUGGUUUCAAUUCAUCUUCUAACACUCUUUCUAACACGGUGGACACCGACAUUCCUCCGGAAGAACCCUCGCUGCCAGAAAAAUUGGUCUCCACACCCUUGGGUGUUACCUUUUCAGAUAAAAUUUUCGUCGGUCGUGAGAUUGACGAACAAGACGUUCUUCAAAGGACAUUGGAAGAUUAUGCCUCGGUUUAUGCCAACAUAAGCGAUAAUGAGUACGAUCACGAAAGUUCUGAGUCCUGUAAAGCUUCCCUUCAAAGCGCUAGUAAGAAUGUUGCUAACGACGCUGAGGUAUCCUACAGUAAAGGUUUACAUCUUGAAAGUGUCAAGACCGAACAACCAUCAUUGAGAAACGGCCGCGAAAAAGAUGACCACGAUAAAAGGAUCAAUGAAAAAUCUUUUAUGAGUUUACCGGUGAUAAAAAGUGAAAAGAAGAGAGUUGAAUCUAGAGCAAUCAUGGAAGAAUUAUCAUCGAUAGCCGGUCUACCACGUGUUAAGGAGGAGGAUGGUGAUGAAAGCAACCACGUUCUCGUUAAAUCUUCGACAAUCAUGAAAAGGGGUGCUGACAUUUCAUGUAAGGAUGUCCCUGUUGCAAAUCAAGAAGACUCACCUUCGACCUUUCUAAGAACACCUCCGUCAAGUCCCUCCGCAAGAGAUGCGGACAGACGCGUAAGCCGAAGUAGCAGCAAGCCGUCACUUCAUAGUAGUAAAUCCACCACAUCCUUAUUCACCCAAGGAUCUUUGACGAUGGAAUCCGAACUCGGUUCGUUACGUUCGGCGAACUCGAAACGAAAAUCCGCAUUGAGCAAGAGCAGCUCGCACAGUUCUUUUAGGGAAAGAAGAGAAGAAGAGGUCACCUUUGAUAGAAGAACUUUAAGGGCAAAUGUCGAUCAACGGGGUUUAUUCAUUAAACCCAAAAGACCGGAGAGCGCCGAAACAGGUACGGACUCUGGUCUCAGCACAAAUAGGAUUCCCAAAAGACCGGAUAAAAAAUUACCGGAUAUUCCUAAAACCUUGUCAACUUCUAAGGCUGAUGUGUUACAAUCUCGUUCACCACAUAUGCGGCAAGCUUCCAGCAUUGCUAGUUCUUAUUAUGAAACUGCCAGCGGUUCAACUGCAACUUUGCACACAGCUCCUCCUUCGCCCAUAACCGAAACCAACGAGGGAACACCAAAGAUACAAGUCAACGAAAUCGGUUCACCUGAAGAAUAUUACGAAGAUGAAAUGUCUCCAUCAAGCUCAGAUAAAAUGGGCGACGACGAAGCGAUCGUCUUGGAAGCGAGAGAUGCUGCCAAAAGGUGCUUCGAUGAAGACGAGACAUUUAUGAAGAAGGAAUCAAUUGCAGAAUUCUUGGGUGGAAUUAAACCUUUGAACUCUAGAACAUUAAAAUUCUACAUGGAAUACUUUGACUUUGCAAAUUUAAAAUUAGAUGUGGCUUUUAGGCGACUAUGCGAGAAAUUAUAUAUAAAAGGAGAAACGCAACAAGUGGAUCGUAUCCUGGAGUCAUUUUCCAAACGAUACUGGGAAUGCCUUCUCUUUUUCUUAACCGAGGUUUUCAAAAAAAACUCUUCAGAUAUUGUUCACGCAAUUGCGUACUCCAUCCUUCUGUUAAAUACCGACCUUCACAUCGCGCAAGUGUCCAGCAAGAUGACACGCGUACAAUUUAUACGGAACACCAUGGCAGCUAUUCAUGAGGCCAAUACAGCACAAACUAGUAACAUUGACACGUCCGAAGAUGAUCGAAGUACCAUAACAUCCUUGGAGACGAAUGCUACGGCGAACACCGUACGUCCGCGUCGCAGCAGCAGCAUCAAGAGUUGGCUUAGUAAUCCCAAUUCAAGUGCGACGAACUUAUCAUUCACAACGAAUAGUUUCUCGAGACAGUGGGAGUUGGAACUAGAGAACCUUCUGAAGGACAUGUACAAUUCCAUAAAGUCAAAUCAAAUACUACUGCCACUUUUGCAAGAUGUCGAGAAACCAUCCAGCUCCCUUUCCCCAGGUUUGCACCGCAGUCUUAGUCAUUCGGGCUAUCAGAACACUAGGCUUAACGCUCUCAUGAUAAAGGCUCGAAGAACUUCUCCAAGUUCAAGCAUAAUUAGCGGAGGGAGUGAAAAUGAUAGUCAGGUGAGGUCAGGACCGUCUUCACUUUCACUGCGUCACACAUCAUCGUGUGAGACAGAAAUUACAUCGACAAUAACAGAGGAAGGUGAAGAUGACAAAGCUUCAACUACUGAUUCCAUCGAUACUGACGAGUCGUUAGAGUUAUAUCUGUCCGGUGCUCCAUACGCCAAAGAGGGUUUGUUGGUUCGAAAGCAUUUCCGAGAAUCGGAAAACAAAAGAGCAAAGGAUAAGAGUUGGAAAGAGUGCUUUGUGGUUGUCGAAAAGGGUGAACUCCGAAUGUUUAAGUUUGAUACUCAGUCCUCUCGCGGUUCUACCGGAAUUGGGGCAAUCGGUGGAGGGAAUUGGAUGGCGAAUGCAACACUCAUGGGUCAAAUUAAUCUUUGUCACACAAUUACGAACGCACUACCACCGCCCGGUUACAAUCGCGAUCGCCCUUUUGUGUUUGCUCUCUUGACACACAACGGUGGCCUCUAUUUCUUUCAAGCAGGUACCGCCGAACUGGUAAAUGAAUGGGUAUCGACAUGUAAUUACUGGGCGGCUAGGUUAAGCAAAGAGCCAUUGUCGGGAGGCGUGAGCAAUAUGGAGUACGGGUGGGGAAGGUGCUUGGAGCAAAGCAAUGAUGCUGGCAGUGACUUCGAUUCUAGAAGCAUACUGAGUGAACCCCGUAGCAUAAUGAGUAAUGCUUCAACACAUACCAGCGAUCGAGUUUUUAUCAGUGAGUGGAAAACACCAAUACCACCUUCAGUUCCAAGCAAUCACGACGAGGCAUCUCAACUAGCAGCUUUGAAAAAAUACCGAGACGACCUUGAAAAUGAAUUGAACGAACACAAGAAUUUUUGGGAUCCCAUGUCAAAAUUUUUUCAUCCACGAUCUCCAAACCACACCAAAGCUAUCGCCAACUGGGAAAAGAAGUCGCAAUGGUUAUUAUACGAAAUCGUCAAAUACACCACAUACAUAGAGUGCAUUGAAAGUUCUAUAGCGCACAAAGCUGAAAUGAAAAAAGCCAAAGCUAAAAAUGUCGAGAUUGCUAUAGAAGAAUCGAUCAGUAAUGGCGAUGAUCUUGAGAGCAACGAAAAUGAGCAAGACCGUUUGGAACUAAGGGAUCGUGCAAAACUGUUAAUUCAAAGAGCCACAUGGACUCCAGGUGAUGGUUACAGUCUCAAUCUCCCAAAAGAAUUGUUGUACGAUGAUGCGGUAGACGAUACAGACGAUGGUAUUAUCAAUGCCGAUUUUAUUGGAUUUGAGGCGGCAGUGACGGCGGCUAAAAAUAGAACCAGCAAGAAUAAAUAA